CGGUGAUUUCGGGCCCGGGCGGAGGGAGCGAUGCAGCCGGUGGCCGAACGGGGCGGCUCCCUCCGGGAACAGGGUGUGUGAUCGCAAAGGGUAUUCAGAAGGUCGUGUUUACAUCCAGAAGCUGAAACAAGUCAUCAUAUCAAAAUCUGAUAGAGUCAUUCAGUUCAUUAGGAUCUGAAUAUCAUCAGCCUCUGAACGUGGAGGGAGAAAUGCUCACCUGUAAGAAAAUAUUUUACACACAAUCGUGACUGCAAAAGCACCAAGGCGCACAGACUUGAGUGACCACAUUCCAGUGAACAGACUGGAAAAAGCAUAAGCGAGUGACACAAUUAAGGGAGUGUAUUCCACUGCACUGACUGUGGAAAGAGCAUUAACCGGUUACUCAGCCUGAAAAAUAAUUACACCUUCCACAACGGGGAGAGACCAUUCAUGCAUUCUGUCUGUGGACAUCAGUUUCCAUCAAUCAUUGAACCUGGAAAGAUACAAGGACACUGACACCAUGGAGAAACCAUGGAAAUGUAGGGAAUGUGGGAAGGGAUUCAGUUACCCAUCAGGGUUGGAAACUCAUCAACGCAGUCAUACUGGGGAGAGGCCAUUCAGCUGCUUUGUGUGUGGGAAGGGAUUCACUCAGUCAUCCAGUCUCUACACACAUCAGCAUGUUCACACAGGAGAGAAGCCAUUCACCUGCUCCGUGUGUGGGCAGGGAUUUAAUGCUUUAUCAACCCUCCGGACCCACCAGCAGGUUCACUCUGAUGAGAGACCAUUUAAAUGUUCUGACUGUGAGAAGAGUUUUAAAAGCAGAAAGGAUAUAUUGAUACACCAACGCAGUCACACUGGGGAGAGACCAUUCACCUGCAAAGUGUGUGGGAAAGGAUUCACUCAGUCAUCCCACCUCCUGACACACCAACUUGUUCACACUGAUGAGAGACCUUUUAAAUGUUCUGACUGUGAGAAGAGCUUUAAAAGUAAAAAGGAUUUACUAAAUCACCAACGCACUCUGACUGGUGAGAAACCAUUCAUCUGCUCUGUGUGUGGGAAGGGAUUCACUAGUUCAUCCUACCUUCUGACACAUCAAUUUGUUCACACUGAUGAGAGACCUUUUGGAUGUCCUGACUGUGAGAAGAAAUUUAAAUGCAGAAAGCACCUUCUUAAACACCAAUACACUCACAGUGGAGAGAGGCCAUUCUCCUGCUCUGUCUGUGGGAAAGGAUUCACUCGAUUAUGCCACCUGCUGAGACACCAUCGCGUUCACACUGGGGAGAGGCCAUUCUCCUGUGCUGCCUGCAAACAGGAAUUUGUUGAUUCAUCUGACCUUCUGAUCCACCAGCGAGUUCACAGCGGGGAGAGACCAUACACUUGCUCCCUGUGUGGCAAGAGAUUCACUCAAUCAUCUCACCUCACGACACACCAACUUGUUCACACUGAUGAGAGACCUUUCCAAUGUUCUGACUGCGAGAAGAGGUUUAAAAGUAAACAGAGUCUGCUGAAACACCAACAAAUUCACUCUGGGGAGGGACCGUUCAUCUGCAAAGUGUGUGGGAAAGGAUUCACUCAGUCACACAACCUCCUGAGACACCAGCAACUUCACCUGAGACACCAGCAAUUGGAUUCUGCUGUUACUGCUUUUGUUAACUGCAUCCAGGACUGAACCUUGCUGGUUGCCCAUUUCCAGUGGGGUUCUACAGUUGUGUGGUAUACAUCAAGGUCGAGGUCAUGAUGAAAAAAACUGUAGAUAUGACAGAAGUUGGUUGUGUGGUGGCUGAUGAGGAAUAUACUGCAGACUGCAUGACGUCAAUGGACUACUCAAACAGGCAGAAACAAGGCCAAUGGAAUUCAUUCUGCAGAUAAUGAACCUGGGAAGACAGGGCCAACAGGGCAAAGAAAAUGCACAAUAAUUGGUCGGAUACUGUGAAGUGUCGAGGAACAGCGAGACCUAGGAGUGACAUCCACAGAUUCCCCAAAGGUGGCUGGACAGGCAGAAGGGAGGUCGGUGAGGUAUUUGGUCGAGCUUAGUGUAUAUAAGAGCAUGGAGAUAAUGUUGGAACUUUAGAAAACACUAGUUAGAGCAUAGCUGGAGUACUGAGGGGAGUUCUUGUUGUCACAUUAAUCAAUUAGAAAUUCAGACUUGAUUAAUUAUCUUAAAACCGAAGUCAAUUUAUUCAUAUAAUUACAGUCAGUGUUAAAUGCAUCGAGUAUAGCUGAUAAAGCUAACCUACAAGCGAUUGUAACAGUGAACAUACCUGAAUUUUUUUCAGCAAUUUAAAAUCUGCAGUGUUUCAAAAAUAAUAAUAAAGGAAAACAUUUUGGUUAACUUCCUUUUAAAGGUGAUUUUAGUAUAAUAGAAGAAGUUGAUUGAAGAGUAGCUGAAGAAUUUUUAUUUAAACCUGAAAUUUAUUUUCAUUUAGUUCAUAAGUAAACACAAGGCAGGGUAUCCCAGACCCACGGAGUACACAUCCAGUUCCAUUUGGGAAAACCAGGAUAAUGAGAAUGACAGCACAGAAACAGACCGUUUGGCCUCACUCACUCAUGCUGACCAGCUUUACUAAACUGAACUGGUCCCAUUUGCCUGUGUUUGGCUCAUAUCCUUCUAUAACUUUCGUAUCCACAUACUUGUCCAAAUGUCUUUUUAAAUAUUGUAAUUGUAUCUGCCUCUACCACUACCUCUGACACCUCAUUCCAUAUACACGCCACCCUCUGUUUGUGAUUGACAAGAACACAGACUUGACCCAUAGCUAAAGCACUGCACUCAGUCCCCAUAUUCCAGGAUAGAUGUUAUUACACCAGAGAUGAUACAGAGGAGAUUGAUGAGGAUGUUUCCAGGAUUGGAGAAUUUCAGCUUGGAGGAAAGUUUGGAUGGGCUAGGGUUGUUUUCUGUGGAACAGAGGACACCAAGGUGAGAUUUAAUUGAAAUGAUAAGAUAAUGAGGAGCCCAGAGACUGGAUAGGAAGGAACUGUUCAUUUAGAGGGAGGUUAGUAACUGGCAGUUUUAGAUUUAAGGUAAUUCACAGAAAGAGGGGGAGGUGAGAAAUAAUUUCAUCCAGAGAUGGUGGGGAGCUGGAACUCACUGUCUGAUGGGUGGUCAAGGCAGAACCCUUAGUCAUAUUUUAAAAGAAAUGGAUAUACUUGAAAUGUGAAACAUACAGGGCUAUGGACUGAUAUCAGCAGAAUGGGAUUAGCCUGGUUAAUUCUAUUUCAGCCAACUGAAACACGAUGGGCCAAGUGGCCUUGAUCUGUGCUAUAAUUUUCUGAUGUUUUUAUUCUGACCGUUGGAAUUUCUUUCUGAUGUUAAUAACCUCUUAAAUUGGACUGGAGUUGAAUAUUCUGGAGAAGUGUCAAAUAAAUCCGCUUUG